AUGUUUAAUGAAUUUUUCCCCUUCCGAAUUCUAGAUAAUGAUCAUCCAUAUUUCCAUUGGACCAUCAAUACAAUUCAAGAGAAAAUUGUGGAUCACUUGGAAAAUGUUGUAAAGAAUGUAAUUUAUACCAUCAGAGAGGAGGAAUUGGUCGAAAAGAUGAAACGAAAGGAAAUUUGCAAUAGAAAAGAGUUGAAGGAAUGUUUGGCUCUGUAUCUGAAGUUUAAUUAUUUACUUCUCAAUAAGAAUAGUCAUGAUUGGGAUUUUAUUAUUCGAAUUGAUGGAAAUAAUCUCAAGGAAGUUUCAGAUCCUGAAUUUAAAUGCUAUACAAAAUUGAUUACUCAUAUCAAUAGCCAAAUACCUCAAAUAAUCAAUGAAAUUAAGAAGGAGGAUAUUCUAAUAUUCAAAGGAUACAGACGAAAUAAGAAUUUCCAUAUAUCAGAAUUUAAAAAGGAAGAUGAAAAACCACCUCAAAAACUCAAUUUUAGUAACUCUUGCUGGAACACACAAGCAAAUUCUAUUUACGCUCAGCUCUCAAAUCCAGAGAUUUUAUACAAAUUUAUUGUAUCAACUCUGCAUCAUAGGAAAUAUCAGGAACAAAAUUUUGUUACCAAUUUGAUUGCAAAACAAUGUUUGGAACUUCCAAGAAGGAACAUUAAAUUGAGAAUGGAAAAUGUUUGCCACUUGUUUGGAAAUAGAUUUAACAGAUUUAACCAACAACGACUCUUUCGACAAUAUCCCACUACAGUUCAUAUUUCAAAACUAACAUCACAACUCUCAAUUAGCUAUGAAAGUCCAAUGAACGUACUCAUUUCACCAGCUAUUUUGAAAGUUGUAAUGGAAUGUGUGGCAGUUAUUUUGUCAUUGUUGGUUUUGCUCUAUUGUAAUACUAAGGUUUUUGGAUUUACCUAUUUUUUCAAUUCCAUAUCUGUGUUGGAAGAAAGAAUUGGAUUUUCACUUACGGGCUUUUUUAAAUUUUUUCCAUUUGUUGCCUAUUAUUUGAUUGUUGCCUAUGUAAUGUAUUUGCCAAUUGGUAUUGUAAUGAUAGUACUGGGAGAUGUUGAGUUGUUAUUGUAUGCACUUUAUUUCCUUUUAAAUGUUUUGUUGUAUUUGAAGAAUUACACACUUAAUGUCGAUAUUGAAAGGAAGUACUACUUGGCACCAAUUGAACUCACUCAAAUGUUUUGUUUAUUGCACGCAUUAGGGAAGUUUCAAAUAUUGGGAAUGAAUUUUACAUUUAUCAAAGAUUGGUCAAUUCAAUUAUUUAGGAAGGCAAAGAAAGCCCUACUCAACUAUUUCAGCAAGUAA